AUGUUGCUCAAUUGGUGGGAGCACACGCGGCGGUGCGGGAUACAGAACGUGCUGGUCGGGGCGCUGGACGACUAUACCAUGAACGUAGGGGCGCAGAGUGGGAGGAAGGGGCGCGGAGUGGGGGGAAGGGGCGCGGAGUGGGGGGAAGGGGCGCGGAGUGGAGGGUUAACCCAACAUCACCGCAUCCCAUCCAUCCGCCUGCACGGGGUGCUCCCUCCAGGAAACUUCCGGAGCAACGCCACGGCUUUCCAGGGCAUGGGCAUGUUAAAGACGGCUUUAGUCUCGGCAGUAUUAGAAUCUGGGUGGGACGUGCUACUAAGUGACACUGACGUGGUCUGGCUAAGAGAUCCCCACGCGUACUUUUACGAGAAUGCUGACGUGGCGCAUGCUGACGUGUUCGUGACGUCCGAUUCGCUCUCUCACAGCAAUGACGUGGCGAGCCAGCAGCGCAACCCCAGUGUGAUGGUCGGUACAGACGCGCAGGGCUGGUUCCGAAACGCCACUCCUCGGGCAACCGAAAUUUUCGGCAACGCGUACGAGCACGCACUCAACACAGGGAUUCUUUUUUUCCGGGCAUCCCCUGAUUCUGUCGCGCUGGCGCUGACGUGGCACCACGCCAUGCGGACCCGAGGACGCAGCGAGGGGUGGGAGAAGAUAUGGGGGGACCAGCACGCAUUCAAUAUGCUGCUUCGAUAUAAGAUGUUUCCUAUACAGGUCGUCUCCUCCCCCACCACCGGGCGUCCCAUCAGCAACCGGGUGUUCUGGGCCUUCUCCCGUCGCCUCAAGCUCGCGCUGCUGCCCCUCGCGCUCUUCUACAACGGCCACGUCUUCUUCGAGCAGCAGAUGCCCAGGCGGAUCGGGGUCACCCCCUACGCAGUGCACAGCACAUUCCAGUUCCACUAUGGCGCCGGGAAGAUCGGGCGGUUCAGGGAAGCAGGCCUGUGGGCUCGGGAUCCCCCCGAGUUCUACACCCGAGGAAACUUCCUCUCGUUCGACGUGAAGCUUCCUGCAUGGAUAGAGGCCAUGCCCACAGGCAUAGACAAGCACGAGGCAACCAUCGAGCUGUAA